AUGGUGGACUCAAAGAUCGAAGAUCGCGCCGUAAAAUUAUCCCGUGAAGCUGUCGAGUUGAUCGAUGCUGGGCACAAAGAGGCCGCAUCGAGAAACCUACGUGAAGCCCUUUCCCUCGCGCCAGAAAACCAUGAAGUAAAAGCAGCUUUCCUCAAAAUACGCGGCGAGGAGGAGAGUGGUCACCCUCUCUUGGUUCUAUGUCGACAAUACGUGACUGGAAAAAAUGAAGAUGCUGGGAAAGACGCUGCGAGGUAUUUACAUGCAGACGGGGCAAAUCCUCCCGGAGACAUCUCCUUGGAAUGCCUCAAUCUUAUCCUAGCCAAGGAUGCAGGAUCACUUUCUGCCACUCAAGAUGAAAUCAUCUCCGGCUUAGUUCGACAAACUGUCAGCGUUCGGCGACUUUUCUCCUCGCGACUCCAGGUCUCGGUGACGACUUUCUUCGAUGAAAUCUACGAUAGGGGCGACAAUGCUGUGGUGUGUCUGGAUACAGUGGUGCUCGACCCAACUCUAUGGCCCUCAGAAGACAUUCGCUUGCACUGCGAGAGUGAGCUGUUCCAACUUUUCAUUGCGAAAUUGAUGGAAUCUGGCCAUGAUCAGGAUGCACGGUCUUUGAAAGGAAUCACCAGGCUGUUGGCUGUCGACGCCGAGAAGUUGCAACAUCUUAUAGAUGAUGAAGGUUUCGAUGUCAUCUUGUCAUCACUGGAUUACAGGCUGCCCCUCGAAGUUAGAGGUCAAGCUACCGUGGCAACCGCAAAAUACCUGGAAGCUUCCAAAGAAGUCGGCCAGAAGCGCUUCUCUGACCUGAUAACAGCAAAAGUGGCGAAAGCUCGAAACGACGAUUUGAUUGUCGCAUUUUCUGCCGCUGCUGCUGUGUUCCCCGUUGUUCCAGCGCUCACGUCGUCGCUUUUCCUGACCGAGGGUUUCCUACCGUCCAUUGUACCCCUUCUUCACCGAGAAGCCAAGUCACCAAAGGUUGAAUUGGCCCUUCUGGAGCUGUUCAACGCUGCUUGUAUGGAUAGACUAUGCCGUGAAGCAAUUAGCAAGAACUGUGGUGAAUGGCUUUCUCAUAUUCUCUCCAACGGGAGCGAUGCAAGCUCGGAAUUGGCUGCUGUAGUCCUAGCGAAAGUGAGAACAUCCGAAAAGGGAAGCCCAGAAUCGAACGAUAAAACUCAAGGGGACAACAAUCAUAGUAUUCAGGAUUUAGUCAAUCGCUUCAAGGGACAAAUGUCGGACCACAAAGUCACCAAUGUUCACAAUCCUAUCGAGGGUUUGGCAUUCGCGUCGGUGAAACCCGAUGUCAAAGAGCAGCUGGCAUAUGAUCCUGUCUUUCUGAAAGGUCUCUUUGACGUACUACACGCAAACUUGGAGGACACAACUCUGUUGUAUGGAGGCCUCAUGAUCAUUGCCAACAUCACGCGGUAUUUACCCAGUUUGUCCGAGGAGCAAAAGAAGAUCUCAGAGUUGAAAGCGUACGCAGAGGCUUCCAAGACUUCCUCGACACCUAAUGAGCUCGAAGAUGAUCUUCACGUGACGAAACGCUGCACUGCGCUCAUUGACGCUAACAUUAUGCCUCUCCUUGCGGACUGCGGGAAGUCGAAUUUGAAAUCUAUCCAUGAUCUCACUAGCAAGAUACUCGUAUCUUUGUCAAAGAAUUCCAAAACACGAGGCAAGCUAGCUCAACAAGGUGCGGUCAAGCUGCUGCUUUACAUUUUGGGCCCAAAAACGGGUAGUCCUGUUCCCACAUUCAAUGAAACCACACACAACGCAUCACUUGCGCUAGCUCGCAUUUUGAUAUCAGUUAAUCCGUCUCACGUCUUCCCCUAUUCAGGCUUUCCGCAAGUCACAUCUGCCAUCCGACCAUUGGUCGCUCUUCUCAAGCCACCAGAAGCUUCAUUUUCCGUAGACCAACCACGGAAUCUUCUUCCAGUAUUCGAGUCUCUAUUGGCUCUCACAAAUCUGGCUUCAUCUCCGGACAGCACAGCGUCCGAGACUAUUGUGCGGCAAGCAUGGGACACAGUGGAAGACUUGCUACUGUCAAACAACACCUUCAUCCAGCGAGCGGCGUGUGAGCUCAUCUGUAAUCUGAUGACCUGCGAACCCGGUAUUGUCAAGUUCGCAGACGGCUCGAAACGUGCGGGACAGCGUCUCCAUGUGCUGCUUGCUUUAACAGACGUUGACGAUGUCGCGACUCGGCGGGCAGCUGGGGGUGCUCUGGCAAUGCUGACAGAAUAUGACGCUGCAAUCUCUGCCGUGUUGGAGCGGCCACGUGGUGUGAACCUCUUGCUAGGUCUCUGUCAGGAAAACAAUGAUGAUCUUGUCCAUCGAGGCAUAGUCUCGGUUCGCAAUCUUACCUGUAUUCCAUCCGGUGACAUUGGGAAGCGUGCUCUGGAUGCUGUCAAGCAAGGGAAUGGCGUCGAUAUCCUCAAGAGCUGUCUACAGCGUUCAUCCAACCCAGCAAUCUUGCAGGCUGGUGUCGAAGCGUUGAAACCGUUGGUGGAGCAGAGUCAAGCCUAGACGGCGGUUUCUUUCGUUACACAUUACUUUCUUGCUGUGGUAUUGAUUUUUCUUCUUUCCGGUCUUCGAGUUCCUUUUUAUUCCUGUUCUCUAGAACCUUACGACGGGGCGUUAUGGUUUGUGUUCGAUUAACGGCAUGGGUGUUUUCUUUACAUGAUGGAGCUGUGAGAUGAUUGUGCAUUUGUACUCCUAGAUAUGUUUCGACGGCUCUUUUACUACGGACAGUCAGCUUAUAAAUGAGCACCGACGGCAGUUUCAUAGAACGAUAAAUGAAUUAAUGAUUGACAUACA